AUGAUGCGAGCGUGGGUCCUCCUCUCCGCGGUGCUCUGGUACCUCUCAGGAGUUGGAUGGCAGCGUUCUGCCUUACAAAAUAAGAAAGGCUUCAUUUAUGGCACAUCAGGAAACCCAGUGAAAAUAUAUGUCAAAUUACAUCAAAGUAGCCCAGUUCUUGUCUGUAUGGAUUUUAAACAUGCUAAAAAAGAAACAGUGGACCCCACCUAUGUCUGGAUUGGACCUAAUGAACAGAAAUUAACAGCCUAUCGGGAGCCUGAUUAUUCAUAUCAAAUGGCUGUACGUUUUACCACAAAGUCUUGUGUAGGAAAAUAUAAUGACCUGCUUUUUAGAAUGCUGAAGAAAAUCUUGGAUAAUUUAAUCUCUGAUUUAACAUGCCAUGUUAUAGAACCAUCAUAUAAAUGUCAUCUUGUUAAAAUUCCAAAACAUGGCCUUAUACAUGAGUUAUUUAUAGCCUUUCAAGUUAAUCCUUUUGCACCAGGGUGGAAAGCUGCAUGCAACCAUUCUAUUGACUGUGAAGAUAUCACUAAUCACAAUGUCCUCAAGGCAAGAGAUCGGAUAGAAGAAUUUUUUAGGAGCCAAGCAUAUAUUUUCUACCAUGACUUUAAUAAAACUCUACCAGCUAUGCAUUUUGUAGACCACAGUCUUCAAGUAGUGCGUAUGGACAGUUGUCGUCCAGGCUUUGGAAAAAAUGAAGCUAUGCACAGUAAUUGUGCUAGCUGUUGCGUGGUUUGCAGUCCUGGGACUUUUAGUCCUGAUAUUGAUGUUACUUGUCAGACCUGCGUUUCCAUCCUUGUCUAUGGAGCUAAAUCUUGCCCAUAAACUUCAACCAAGAAUCAGCAGUGUGAAGACUAG